CGGAGCGUUCCGGAGCCCCGGCCGGGCCGGGCCGGGGGUUUGGGUGCAGGGUUCGGGCCGGGCACAGCCCUAGCCCUGCGGCCGGCAGGCAGGCGCUGCCGGCGGGAGGAGGCCGCGCUCGGCGCCGGGAGCGGGGCACAGGCACGGGGGGGGGCACAGCGGGGUGACCGCGGUUACCGUGGGGUUAUUGGCGUGUUACGGGAGAGCUGCUGGCCUGGUGUGCUACUGAUGUGGAUCCUUCAGUUCAAUCCCCAGAGGGACCUCGGACAGCAGCUCAUGCAUCUUGCAUUGUCUUUUUGGAAGAUUUGGUCUUGGCUGCUUCCAGCUGUGUAACAUUCAGGAGAGUAGCCAUGGCCAUCCUGUUUGCAGUUGUGGCGAGGGGCACCACCAUCCUGGCCAAGCACGCCUGGUGUGGGGGCAACUUCCUGGAGGUGACCGAGCAGAUCCUGGCCAAAAUCCCAUCCGAGAACAACAAACUGACCUAUUCCCAUGGCAAUUACCUGUUCCAUUACAUCUGCCAGGACAGGAUCAUUUACCUGUGCAUCACAGAUGAUGACUUUGAGCGCUCCAGAGCCUUCAUGUUCCUGAACGAGAUCAAGAAGCGGUUCCAGACCACGUAUGGCUCACGGGCGCAGACCGCCCUGCCCUACGCCAUGAACAGCGAGUUCUCCUCCGUGCUGGCUGCACAGCUGAAGUACCACUCGGAGAGCAAGGGCCCAGACCAGGUGGCAGAGACACAAGCCCAGAUCGAUGAACUCAAAGGGAUCAUGGUCCGGAACAUAGACCUUGUGGCACAAAGAGGAGAGAAGCUGGAGCUGCUGAUUGAUAAAACAGAGAAUCUCGUGGAUUCGUCAGUGACUUUCAAAACCACCAGCAGGAACCUUGCCCGAGCCAUGUGUAUGAAGAACCUCAAGCUUACCAUCGUCAUCAUCAUCGUGUCCAUUGUGAUCCUGUACAUCAUCCUCUCAGCUCUGUGUGGCGGGCUGGCCUGGCCCAGCUGCGUGCAGAAGUAACUGGAGCUGGAGCUGCUCACCAGGAGAUGAGGCAGAGUGUGAAGAAGGAACCUCCAGAGUGACUCCCUCCUGUCACCAUUGCCACCUUCCAUCUCCCAUCCCUCCAGGACUUCAGACUUUUUGCCUUAUCACCCAGACAGACCCAGUAGGUCGCUGCUCCCGCAGCUGUGACCUCAAGAGUGGGCUGGGUUAAUUACUUGAAAGGAUUUUUGCGUUCCUUUUGCUGUCCCAAUGCCACCCCUGCUGAGGGUUCUGUGCAUGCUGGCCCCGUGUCCGUGUGGCUUCCCGUGGGUGGGGACAGGGUGGCUGCAGCUCUCCCACCUGGGAUGGAACUGUCCCACAAAGGACAGGGGACAGAUGGGUUAGGGGUCCCACAGAGCCUCUCCUGCACAUCUGGCCAUAUCUGGUGGCUCCCAGUGCUGCACCAUGGGGAGGUCACAGUGUCACCCUGGUAGGAACAAAUGGGGUCUGGGUUUUGUGCACUCACAGGUGGAGGUGCUGCUGCUGGGGUAAUCUCCCUGUUCCUGCAGUGAUCCUGCAGGCAGGAGGAGGGUAUGGGGUCACCUCAGCGUGUGCAAUGGCUGCCUCUUCAUCCUCACUUCUUCCGCAUCUCCCCCUGGGCUGGUGGCUGAACGGACACAGCAACGGGGCUGAUUGCACACGGUUCAGGAUCUGCUUCCUCACAGAUGAUUUCUCCUGCUCCUCUUUGGAGGGUGGACUGCAAUGAGUAUAAUUCUGGCACUGGCUACGGUGAAUUUGGGGCCAAUCUGGUUUGCUGAGGUGUCAGGGAGCUGCUGCUUGUGCUUCUCCUGGAAGGUGUGCACUGAAACUGGAGGACAGAGAAGGGUUGGAGUUGGUGGCUGGUGACUCUCCAAGGUCUGAGAGAGAAAGGCUCUGCCAGAGGAUGAAUGUUCUCCUUUGGGAGGAUUUCAAACCAAACCCAAGGCUGGUAACCAAAUGCAGGCUCAGGGGUGCUGUUUCUGUGCCAGCUGCACAUCUCCAUCCCAAGCCAGGCCUGGCUGAGGAGCUGGAGUUGCUGGGGCCUGGGAAAGGGCUGGGGACACUUCUGUCCUGGAACUGAGGGGCUCCUUUCCCAGGGAAAAAACGGAAACACACUUCAGGGGGGAAGGAACCUGCUUUUCGCCCAGGGAAGUUGAGGGAUGGAAGGGGAGGCUUCUUUUGGUGUCUGAGCUGGAGCACUAAGUUGGUGCCCUGAGGUCCUGGUGACACUGGCAGGGUGGGGAGGUGGCUCUGCUGCUCCUUCCCUUGUGGCACCGACCAUGGAGGUUCCCAGCAGGGCCCAGGUAAAGAGUUAGUCUUCUAUGAACAGUGGCUCCUUUGGAUUUGUCUUCUGCUAGGCUGAAUUUUCACCAAGGGUGAUUGGAUCUUGAUCUCCACAAAGUGCCAGUGGCUACUGGCACCUCCUUCUCUUUCUGUUCUGAAUGUAAAGUUGGAGCCCCCUCCCUGCAGCUCCUGCUCCUGCAGCCCCAGGUCUAGCUGUGCAUGUUUUAGGGAUCAUGCUGUUACCAUGUUCAUUUGGAUGAUUUCUUGUCUUACGUACAAACAAUUUUUAAAGAAAAUCCUUCCUUUCCUUCUUGAGGAUGCACUGAGGCAUUAGUGUAAAAAACCAUUACCUUGAUUUCAAUAAAAUUCCUGUACAGAAAGCAGAGUUCCAUAGUUCUGUGGAACACCUACCUUGGGAAUGCUCCGUGCUGAUGCAGGGGGAAGUUUUGGAAGCAGGCUCAUGCUUCGGGAUGAGGGAGUUGGAUUUCCUCUUGGACUUGCAGAAAUUGUUGGAGUUGUUGAUUGUUAUCUCAGUUCAAGGCAAAGCUGCAUUUUAAUGGUAUCAGCCAGGACAUGGGAUGAUAGAGAAUACUGGGAGCUGAAGUGAGAUCACUUGGUGUGAGAACAGCUCAGAAAAACAAAGGGAUAAAAUUAACAGCUCCAAGUGUGAUGGUUCUGUCAGAGCUGUGCUCUCUUCCCUCCUGAAGUGAGACAGCCUCUCCCAAGUGCCUGUCAGCAUCAGGUUUGUACUGGAAACACCUAGGAAUCCCAGCAAAAUCCAACCUCAGCACCUUCCUGCUGCUCUGUUCAGCCUGGAACUGCAUCCAGGUCUGCACCUCCACAGCCAGCCAGGCUGGAACACAUGGAAACAAUCCCACCUGAGGGGCUUUAACUGGGAUGUAGCCUUCAACUAAUUAAUAGCUGACUCUUUCAGGAAGUUUCUCUUCUUCACCUACUUGUUACAUGUCCAUGGAAGAGCAGCAGCUCUUGACUCAGGUGGGUGGAUAAAGGCAGUGACUGGAAAAUCCCCUUUGGAAUUCAGGGCACAGGAAGGGCAACAGGAGAACCAUCCAGUAAUAGAGAAAUCAGACAGAUGUGGCUGCUCUUUUACCUUUCUGUGCCCUGGGAAGAUCAAUGUGAGCAGGGUCCAGCUGUGCCAGCAGGGAGAGGUCUUGGAAAAGAAUGUUCUGGAUGAGGGGAGAGCCUCAACAGGGCAGUGCUGGGACCCCAUGGAGCUUUAUCAGGGUGGAAGUGGCAGCCCGGGACAAAGCAGCAGCUCCAGCUGAGCCUCCUGGGCCCCUUCUCUGCCCUGUGAGUGCUGCUGGUGCCAGCCCUGGCCUGGCAGGGGCUGGGUGAUGGCACAGGAACACUCCUGGGCCCCUCACAGCACUGUGGGCACAACUGUCUCUUCUUUUCCUGGAUCACAAGAGAUCCCUGCAGUGCAGGAACUUCCCCUGUGCUGCUUCCUGCCUUUGGUUCUGCUCAGGCCACGUGUGGAUGUUUCAGAAAUUGCAUACACUGAGUGCCUUGUCCUUCUGAUCUCUGCAGAAUUAAAGGUAAAUCUCACUCCUUGCAUCCUACCA